AUGCUCAAAGUGCUGCACAGCUUCGGCAUGAACCCCAGAGAACGUGGAAUAGCGGAUACACAAGGCGACCUGGCUGUUGAGGUCUUUGGGCACACUCUGAACAAUCCAAUUGGAACAUCUGCUGGCAUCGACAAGGGCGCCGAGAUACCAACACCACUGUUCGAGCUGGGAGCUGGUGUUGUAGAGGUUGGAGCUGUCACAUUGCUACCGCAGGAAGGUAACCCAAAGCCCCGCGUUUUUAGGUUACCAAGUCAGAACGCCCUUAUCAACCGCUAUGGCUUCAACUCGGAGGGCGCAGAGCUAGUGGCUUCAAGGCUACGGCAACGCGUGAGAGAGUUUGCAUACCGUAUUGGGCUUGGGCUGGAUGAGGAUGCGGAACGACGAGUGCUGGAUGGCGAGGCAGGUGUACCUCCAGGAUCGCUACUGAAAGGACGGCUUAUGGCUGUGCAAGUUGCAAAGAACAAGACGACAUCGGAGAAUGACAUUGAUGCUGUAGUACGCGACUAUGCCACUGCGGUAGGCUAUGUUGGAAAGUAUGCAGAUAUACUGGUGGUCAACGUCUCCUCGCCCAACACCCCAGGCCUCCGUACCCUCCAAAAUGUCGAGCCUUUGACACGACUUCUCUCAGGUGUAGUCAGUGCUGUUAAGAAGAUUGAUCGCAAGACCAAGCCCGCUGUCAUGGUCAAGGUUAGCCCAGAUGAGGACUCGGAAUCACAAAUCGCAGGCAUUUGUGAAGCUGUGUGGGAUUCAGGCGUGGAUGGUGUCAUUGUCGGCAACACGACGAAAAAGCGGCCAGACCCGUUGCCAAAGGGCUACUUACUACCGGAAUCCGAGGCCAAGCUCCUCCUCGAGCAAGGUGGAUACUCAGGCCCACAGAUGUUCGAACGCACAUUGGCACUUGUGAGCAAGUACCGGAAAGCACUUGACGAGGGCCCUAAGCAUGUGUCGCCACAAGACUCUAAAUCCGUCACCGGCCAAAGUACAGGUGACGAGCCGUCCCCAAGUAUCGUAGAGAAGCUCGAGCCUUUAUCCUCAUCACAAAGCUCUAAGACGAAGGCCACUCUAGAUCUCGAUCAACCAUCCCCCAAACCGCUAUCUUCCAACAUCGAUGACAUUUCGGAGUCCGCGCCUAAGAUUACCUUGCAAGCCACACCCAAGGCUGCACCGGCGCCAGAUGCUCCUCGCAAGGUUAUUUUCGCAACAGGUGGCAUUACAAAUGGCCGUCAAGCCAGAGAGAUCCUAGACGCGGGAGCGAGUGUGGCACAGGUGUAUACCGCCAUGAUCUAUGGAGGCGCGGGCACAAUUAGCAGGAUCAAGCAAGAGAUGAGGGAUGAUGCAAAUGCACAGAAGACGUUGACAAAGCGGUAG